UAAUUAAAUUUGAUCAGCAGAUCUAAAAGGCUCUCCACGUUAUUUGUAGAAAGCCGACAAAAGUACUAACUAAAAGUAAUAUGUUUUGUUUCAAACAUUGUCCUAAAUCAAAAAGCAUUUGUUUAUGACAACAUUGAAGCUUUGGGGAGAGGUUCCCUUGUCCAUGUAUGUAAUGUAUUGUGCACUUAUCUAUUUCUAUCUUAAGGAUUUAACAAGUAAUGUGAUAAGGGAGGUAAGGACACUGCUUCUCUAUCUUAUCACCUCUCAAGUAACCUGUUUAUGUUAUGUACAGGCCACUCACAGCUUCUAUGGCUUCACCUCACAAUACCCUGGCUCAUCCUAUUGGUUCACCUUCAUUGGCUUUAGUUUCUGACGUGCUUGCGGGUAGACACGAUCUUUCUGAAGACAACAGCAAGUUAUUAGAUAAGCUAAUGUUUAUUUAGACAUAAUUAACUGUGAAGAGAAGCUGCCUUACCAGUGACAUUGGUGAUAGCAUCAAAUUCUUUUGAGCAGACUAGGAUACUUUGCCGCAGCUUCUUCAAAAGCAUGCAAGUCGCUGGGAGUGAGACAAGGGAGCGAAAGCAAAACCUGACAACAAUUGAAUAAGCAGUCAAAACCAAGGCAAAUGAAGUGGAAUCGGGACUCGAUCUGGACACAGCCGGAUGAAACAUUGGUUUUGGCCCUCAAGUCCUUACGUGUUCGACAAAUGAAGAAUUUUCAUUUAGCUUUGAUGAUUUCUCAGGGAACACCAAUGAUGCUAAUGGGAGACGAAUAUGGACACACCCGAUAUGGUAAUAACAAUAGCUACGGACAUGAUACUGCUCUCAACAAUUUCCACUGGAAAGAGCUCGACGCAAAGAAGGAGAGCCAUUUCAGGUUCUUUUCAGAGUUGAUCAAGUUCCUCAGCAAAGUAGUGAACCGUUAUUCUCUUGUUUACAUGUAAUCCUUGAAUCUUUGUGCCUCUACUCUUAUGUGCAAUGUGUUUUUUUUUUACUGAAGAGCGUGAUUACGUGGCAUGAAAAUUAUUGGGACAAUCCUGAGAGCAAGUUCCUAGCUUUCACGUAAUUGACAAAGAUGUCUCAUUCUUUGUAUUGUCGCUUCUAACUAUUUGAUUAAUAUGUAAAACUCUAAAAUAGACGACAUUUCCAUUCAAAAGAUACAA